CUCAGACACACUCAGAGAGGUAUCGUCUCCUCCACUUUGUGCUGCGUAUAUCUCAUUUCUUUUGGAAGUUUUACUAUGUGUGUUUCUUCAUUAUCUUCUGGCAUGGUUAGAAGAUGAUCAUCUGGGUCUAACAAUCACUGCCAGGAUAUCUGAGAGGAACUGUUGAAUUUAUCGGAUAAGUAGGAGAGAAGGAAACCAGGGUCUGCGGGGGAGAGGAUUUACAGCCAGGAGCAAAGUGGAGAUAAAGGAUCGGCUUGGGCUUUAUUAUUGCAGAGGGAAAAUAAAUGGCUCACUAUUCUUUAACUCAGAAUCACACUACAGGGCUAGAGGACCACUGCAAUGUGCCAAAUAACAACACAUACAAAGUCUUGUCCUGGGUGAUGGCUGGAGAAUUCAUUCUGGGUCUACCUCUUAACCUCUCGGUGCUCUACAUCUUCAUCUUCAGGUUCAAAUUCUGGAAGAACAACAGUGUGUUCCUCUUCAACAUUGUGGUUGCUGAUUUUCUGCUGGUGGCCUGCCUUCCUUUUAAGAUCCACCACUAUCAGAAUCAGGUCAGGCGCAGCGAAAAUGAGACGGUUUGCACCCUGAUGCUCUUCAUGCUGUUUCUCAAUCGAGGGGCCAGCAUCGCCUUCCUCAUCACGCUGUCUCUGGACCGCUACUUCAGCGUGGUCCACCUUGGGAGGAGAAACUGUGUCAAGGUGUUUAAGAAGUCUCCCCUGAUCUCCGUGCUUAUAUGGGUGUUCUUACUGCCGCUUACCAUCCCCACGUUGGUAAGAAGCUUUGAUUGCUGCAACAGCCUUGGCCGAAAUAUUAGUGAUACUUCGGAAAAAUUGACAGACGCCUUUAGAGAGUUUGUCUUCUUCUCUCAGAUCAUUAUCCCAUUCGGCAUCUUGGUUUACUGCACAACUCGAAUCGUCAGUCGACUAAAGAGGAAGACGGUUGGGGAUAAGGCCAAGCUGAGGAGAGCUGUGUUUGCUGUUCUUUCUGUCGCCGUCGUCUUCUCCGUUUGCUUCCUGCCCAGCACAAUAGCACGAGCGGUGUUAUUGAUAGUACGACGGCAGAAAGACUCGCAAAAGACAGAGGACAUAGUGGUCCAAGUGUUCGACACUCUCAUGGUUUUGUCCUACCUCGACUGCUUGCUGGACCCACUGGUUUACUGCUUUUGUAACUCAGGGUUUAAGGUUGCUUACAUAUCUACUUUCUUCCCUCCGGUACUUAAGAACAGACUACUGAAACCCGCCUCUUACGUGCCAACAACUACGACCACAACUCUUAACUCGGCAUCUAAAAUCAUUCCCUUACAAGUAGUGCAAAAAUGAUCAUUUCAUUGUAUACGUAUCUCAAAAAGUGGGAAAUUGCUGUUCCACCCAUGCAGGUGCUUUCUGAGAAGCAAAGCUUUAAGCAUAAAGAGAAAAAAAAUAAUGACCACAACCCAUAUUUAUCUUAAACAAAAGUUGUUUUUAAGUUAAAGUUGUGGAAAAGCAAGUCAUACAGCACAUUUCAGGAAAGUGACCUAUUUCUAUAAAAGUGAAAUUGCUCAUUUUAAGUAAGGAAAAUUAUCUUUACUUUUCAGAAAAUGAACUUUCAAGUUCGAGGAAAGGAUGUUUUUUUAGAAACAUUACUUUAUUUCAAAACAAGAAAAAAUAAGACUUAUGUUUCAGGAUAUAAACUUUUAAAUUCCACUAAAGAAAAACUCUGGAUAUCACCUUUUAGUGAAAAAUAACUUCUCAAUUUUGAGGAAAAUAGGAAAAAAGAAAGCUUAUAGUGACAGAUACACAACCUGUUAUAUCUCAGAAAGUAACCUACAAGUUUUAGAAAAGACAACUGUGCAUUUCAGAAAUUAACUGUUAGAAACUUAACCAUUAAAGUUCAGAGAAAGUCCCCAUUAAGUUCCAAAAAAGUGACAUAACCACACAACCUGUGAAUUUUAGAAAAGUAAUCUCCAGCAGGGACUGAAAAUUGACUUCUGAGUUCAUGAAGGUUAGGAAAGUUACCAGUAGGAGCUAGCAGAGCUCCAUAUAUCUGUAAGGAAUGUUUCAGGGAAUAAACCUGAUAAAAAGGUUAAAUAACCUGUAAGGUUUUGACUUGUUUCAGGCUUUGCAUUACUUAAAUCCAGGUUUGACUAUUUUAGGAACAAUUUUGUUUUGUUGUCUGGUUAGACCUAUCUGGUCUACUUUGUUCUUUCUUUGUUUUGCUGCAUGUUGCGUGGCUGAAUAAUUGUAUAUAUAUAUAUAUUGUAUAUACGUAUGUAUGCAUUAGCACUUAUAUUUAUUUGUAUUUGGUUCAAACCAGGGGUGAAGCAGCUAAGAAUGUUUAAUCUUCAUGUCAAAGAGCCCAGCUUAGUAUUUAAAUGCUGCUAAAACUUGAACUUUUUCCCUAUUACUGUAUGUUGUCUCCAUUUGCAGGGCUUUAAACAGACUUCGCCUUUUCUGUUUCAAUUCACAAGCCUUCCAGUCGCUUUAUUUGACUAUUGCCAUUAAACCUGUUGUUGAAUCUGUUUAAUUUGUCAGCCACAACUAUAAAAAUGUAAGACCAGGAAUU